UGGCUCCUCUUUAUAGUUGCUAACGCCUCUAUAUCCCUCCCUCAUGCAUAAGCAAACCCUCACACCUUUCCCCCAUUUAAACCCCCCAUCACCCUCCUCCUGCACAUUCUCGCCCAACUCAAACUCCGAAAGCUUACAAACCCUCUUCUUCUUCCACGAUUGAACCAAUCUCUCUAUCUAGACUCUUUCUCUCUCUAAAAACACAUAUCUAUUAGCUAUGGUGGUUCUGUCACAACCAGCUGCAUUAGACCAUUUUUCUGACCUAAUCAAAACAUGCAAGCCCACGGGCCUGUUCGCCGGCAUCCCAGUCGUCGACCUUUCGAGGCCUGACGCAAAGCACCGCAUAGUCAGGGCCUGUGAGGAGUACGGCAUAUUCAAAGUGAUCAACCAUGGAGUUCCAUUGGAAUUCAUGACCACUCUGGAAGCCCAAGCUCUCAAAUUUUUCAGCCUGCCACAGUCGGAGAAGGACAAGGCUGGCCCCGCCGACCCUUUCGGCUACGGCAGCAAGAGAAUCGGUCCAAACGGCGACAUGGGUUGGAUCGAAUAUAUCCUCCUCAACACCAAUCCUGAUAUCACAUCUCACAAGUCCCUCUCCAUUCUAAAGGAAAACCCUGAAAUUUUCCGUGCUGCAGUUGAAGAUUAUAUUACGGCAGUGAAGAACAUGACUUUUGCAGUGCUCGAAAUGGUGGCUGAUGGGCUGGGGAUUGAGCAAAGGAAUGUGCUGAGCAAGCUCUUGACAGAUGAGAAGAGUGACUCAUGUUUCAGGCUAAACUACUAUCCGCCAUGUCCAGAGCUUCAGGCAUUGAGUGGACGAAAUUUGAUAGGGUUUGGGGAGCACACAGACCCACAGAUCGUUUCUGUCCUGAAAUCCAACAACACAUCAGGCCUGCAGAUCUGUAUCAAGGAUGGGACUUGGGUCACAGUAGCACCUGAUCAGACUGCCUUUUUCAUCAAUGUUGGUGAUUGCUUGCAGGUGAUGACUAAUGGGCGGUUUAAGAGUGUGAAACAUAGGGUUUUGGCUGACACAGUUAGUUCAAGGAUUUCAAUGAUCUACUUUGGAGGGCCACCUUUGAGUGAGAAGAUAGCACCUCUGCCGUCACUAAUGGCAGAAGAAGAAGAGAGCUUGUACAUGGAGUUCACGUGGAGUGAAUACAAAAAGUCUGCGUACAGGUCAAGGCUGGCUGAUUACAGGCUAGGACUCUUUGAGAAGUCUGCUCCUGUGAUGCUGUCCAAUUCCCAACGUUAGUAACCAAUAUAUUUGGGUUUUAGUCUAAAGCUCAGAAUAGGUGUGAAAAAGUUGACUCCAAUCCACUCAUGUUUUUGCCAUAGAUGGCAAACAAAUAGGUUGUUCUUGAUCUGUCAUCUUCUUUUAUUUUAUUUCUUCCAUCUGUUCCUUUUCUUUGAACUUUUUUCCUCUAGUUCUUUGUUUGGAUGUAACAACCAACCUUCUACCAUUAAUGCGAGUCUUAUCAUCUUCA